AUGAACUUCUCUGAAUCAAAUGAUUUUCAGAAUGAGGACUACAGAUUUGAAGAAGUAGAAGAUUUUAUUGAUUUCGAAGGAUUGGCUUAGAAUGAUGUGAUGAGAUAUGAGGUUGAUUUGGAAAAGUAUGAAUUAUUUUAUAGCCUUUGAUAGUAUAGAUUAAGUGAACAAUAGAAAUUUAAUUGAGGAAAAUUAGAGUGAGUUGUAGAAAAUAUCUUCAACUCUUUGUAUGAGGGAGGAGGCAGAAUCUGAUUAUUCAGAAAAUGAAUCACAAUUUCAAGGGACGUAAGGGAAUUUAGUAUUAUGAUUUAAAGUCAAUCGAGAACAUGUAAUUCUAAGACAUUGUAGAAAUCAAUUAGAAAGAUGAAUAAAAGUAAAGAAGAACCUGUAAAUUUUGAAUGAUUAAUAGUAUUUUUUAGAAAAGAAAGAUUAAGAAAUGGAGUGAGGAGGAGAAUAAACGUUUGGAAGAUUUGUUUCAAAUAUAUAAAGGAGAUUGGGAGAUUAUUGUUAAAUUUUUAGAAGGAAGGACAGUUUCAUAAUGUAAAUAACACUGGUAGCGUUUGAGUGGUGGACAGGAGAAGAAGAAGAAGUGGACAGAAGAAGAGAACCAGAUAAUUUUAUCAUUUACAAAGGACAAUCCAUAAUUUAAUAAUUGGGCUUUGAUUGCUGCAAGUAUGAAAUAUUGAUUAAAGAGAGGAAUGCAGGGUAGAAAUGGGAAACAAAUAAGAGAGCAUUAUAUGAAUUAAUUACGUCCUGGAAUUAAAAAUAAGUAGGGUUGGAAUGAGGAAGAUGACAAGUUGUUACUAAGUUUAUAUUAGAGAUAUGGGAGUAAAUGGUGUUAAAUAAAUAAACAUUUUGAAGGGAGAACAGUAUGAUAUAUGUAGUUAAUGAAGGAAAUAAUGUUAAAGAAUAGAUUCAAUAAAUUGUAAAAGGGUAACAAUUACAUUGACCAUUUUCUUAAUAUAGAUGAUGAACCACAAUAAUAAUAAUAAUCUCAUACAUUCUCUUUUAAUUGA